AUGCCCGCCGGGAACAAGAGGCCAGCACAAGAACCGCUGAGGGAGUGUUCCGGAAGAAGAAAGAGGGGGACCACCUUUCCAGUCCAACCCGUGGAAGUGCAACCUGUGGCACUCAAUGUAGAGGAAGUCCUGGAAGCAAGUGGACUUGGUUCCAGUCACGUGGAUGAUGAUGCCGAGUCUGUAACAUCUGAAGCUGCUGGACCCAGCUGUGACAAGUCAUCAAAAGGUUCCUCUGACCUUUAUGACUGUAUGAAACGCAUUGAGAAGAAGCUUGACAAAGUAUUAACAGAGAUGCAGGAAUACAAGGCCACCUGCACCGCCCUGACCACCAGAGUGCAAUCAUUGGAGGAGAGUAAAUUGAUGCAAGCACAGGCGACUAUAGAGACAGUGUAUUUUCAAAAUGGUCUAAGUGAAUUCGAAUCGAUAAUGGGGCUAUCGAAACAUCGACGCGAGAGUCGUCCCUCGAAAUCGAAACGUAAACGUAGAGUUUCGUCGAGUUCAAGCUCUACAAGUUCGAGUUCUAGCUCUGGAAGUAGCAGUAGCAGUUCUGGUAGUGAUCACGAUGGUCGUGAAAAAUUAAAGCGUACAAAGAGACUGCUUAAAAAGAGAUACUCGAAUACAGUGUGCGAUGAACAUUUAAUUCCUCGUUUCGAUCCUAAUGAAAAAACAUUACGUGUUGAAAAAUGGGUGGAAAAAGUAGAUGAGUUCGGGGGCAUGGGGAUCAUACAUACUCCCAGAAGAAAUAUUGUGGAGGAAUUGGUCAAGAAAAUGUUAAUACUAAAAGAAGAAUUAUUUGCCAGAUGUGAAGGUAUGAGGAGGGCGCUAACAGUUAAUGAAAUAGAACAGCUGGUAAAUUACUCUGAAAGUGCCAUGAUAAGGUUCGGGGGCAUGGGGACCAUAUGUACUCCCAGAAGAAAUAUUGAGGAGGAAUUUGUCAAGAAAAUGUUAAUACUAAAAGAAGAAUUAAUUGCCAGAUGUGAAGGUAUGAGAAGGGCGCUAACAGCUAAUGAAAUAGAAGAGCUGGUAAAUUACUCUGAAAGUGCCAUGAUAAGGUGCUCAAUAUACAAUAUUAUUAAAGAAGAUUUUAAUCUUCAUCUCCAUAAACUUGUAAUGGAAUAUGGCAGAGGGGAAAUUGAAGAUCCCCUUCAUCUUCGCGUUGGACCUGUAGAAGGAUUUUUGGCAACGCGAAGCAAUUUAUUUUAUUUUUCUCAAUUAAAAAAAAAAAAAAUUUUUUUCAGGUUCGGGGGCAUGGGGAUCAUACAUACUCCCAGAAGAAAUAUUGUGGAGGAAUUGGUCAAGAAAAUGUUAAUACUAAAAGAAGAAUUAAUUGCCAGAUGUGAAGGAAUAUCUGAAAUUAAUUUGCUGGAGUUAAAUAGAGAAGAAGUUGUUGAGUUGAAAUCUAGGUUAGAUAAAUUUAAUUCAUUAUCGAAAGAAUAUGAUGAGGUGCAGGACCGGAUUGAAGCGCUGGUUGAUGAUUUGGAUCAAAAUGAGGAACAGAAAGAUAGAUUACAGUUUGAAAAUUUAUAUUUUAAAUUGAGUUCUCAAGCUAAACAUUUUUGCAAUCAGUUCGGGGGCAUGGGUAUCAUACAUACUCUCAGAAUAAAUAUUGUGGAGGAAUUGGUCAAGAAAAUGUUAAUACUAAAAGAAGAAUUAAUUGCCAGAUGUGAAGAAGUUGUGAUUCUCCACAACCCAGUACAUCUAAAAUAUUACCAUCUAGCAGUUGUGAUUCUGCACAACCCAGUACAUCUAAAAUAUUGCCAUCUAGCAGUUGUGAUUCUGCACAACCCAGUACAUGUAAAAUAUUGCCAUCUAGCAGUUGUGAUGGUGCACAACCCAGUACAUCUAAAAUAUUGCCAUCUAGAAGUUGUGAUUUUGCACAACCAAGUACAUCUAAAAUAUUGCCAUCUAGCAGUUGUGAUUCUGUACAACCCAGUACAUGUAAAAUAUUGCCAUCUAGCAGUUGUGAUUGUGCACAACCCAGUACAUAUAAAAUAUUGCCAUCUAGCAGUUCUGAUUCUGCACAACCCAGUACAUCUAAAAUAUUGCCAUCUAGAAGUUUUGAUUUUGCACAACCAAGUACAUCUAAAAUAUUGCCAUCUAGCAGUUGUGAUUCUGUACAAUCCAGUACAUGUAAAAUAUUGCCAUCUAGCAGUUGUGAUUAUGCACAACCCAGUACAUCUAAAAUAUUGCCAUCUAGCAGUUCUGAUUCUGCACAACCAAGUAUAUCUAAAAUAUUGCCAUCUAGCAGUUGUGAUUCUGCAACCCAGUACAUCUAAAAUAUUACCAUCUAGCAGUUGUGAUUCUGCACAACCCAAUACAUCUAUAAUAUUGCUAUCUAGCAGGUUCGGGGGCAUGGGGAUCAUACAUACUCCCAGAAGAAAUAUUGUGGAGGAAUUGGUUAAGAAAAUGUUAAUACUAAAAGAAGAAAUAAUUGCCAGAUGUGAAGGUAUGAGGAGGGCGCUAACAGCAUAG